AUGGUCUCUUCGGCAAUCUUGGUCUUUGGCUGGGUGACUAUUGCCGCCGCCCAUGCGGGACAUGAGCAGAAAAGCCUUGCCGGACCUCAUCAGUCCUUAUGGUACAACACGCUGCCUGGGGAUGGCGGCACACAGGCAGACUCGGUCUUCUCCGGCAUCUCAACUUUUGGGCGGCUUCCCUACGAACCUUGUCUAAAAAAUCGUGAUGCAAAAUACGACGUUGCUUUCAUCGGGGCCCCAUUUGAUACCGGAACUUCAUAUCGUCCCGGUGCGCGCUUUGGACCUUCCGGUAUCCGACAAGGCUCCCGCAGACUGAACCUAUACUGGGCCACCGUCCUCGACUGCGGUGAUAUUCCAGUCACAUCCUACGACAACACAUGGGCCCUCAAGCAGAUCGAGGAAGGCCAUUUCGAGAUCCUGUCCCGAUCCCCCGCCACAGACGCUGAUAAACGAGGCCCGGCAAUCAAGGGGAGGACUUUGCCCCGUGUCAUCACCCUUGGCGGAGACCAUACCAUCACCUUGCCUCUUCUACGAUCCAUCAACCGCGCCUAUGGGCCCGUCUCGGUGAUUCACUUCGACAGUCAUCUGGACACGUGGAAGCCAAAGGUCUUUGGCGGAUCGCCGUCCGAGGUCGCCUCCAUCAAUCACGGCACCUACUUCUACCACGCAUCCCAAGAGGGCUUGCUCGCCAACGACAGCAACAUCCACGCUGGCAUUCGCACAACGCUAAGCGGGCCCAGCGACUACGACAACGACGGAUACUGCGGCUUCGAGAUUGUAGAAGCGCGCGAGAUUGACACCAUCGGAACACAGGGCAUCAUUGACAAGAUCGUCCGUCGAAUCGGCACCCAGAGGCCCGUCUACCUGUCUAUUGACAUUGACACGCUUGACCCUGCUUUUGCCCCCGCCACCGGUACCCCCGAAACAGGGGGCUGGUCAACCAGGGAGCUCAGGACUAUCCUCCGCGGUCUUGAGAAUCUUAAUCUCAUUGCGGCUGAUAUUGUGGAAGUGGCGCCUGCGUAUGAUACCAACGCCGAGCAUACUACCAUGGCUGCAGCCGACGUGCUCUAUGAGGUGAUGAGCAUCAUGGUGAAAAAGGGCCCGUUGAGCAACAUGAUGAGUGCCGGAGAGAGCUACGAGCUGUGA